GCGAUUCGAAUCGCGCAGAUUUCAGAGCUGUAUACUUGCCAGCAGUCCUAGUCGCGCGGUCGAUUUCCCAGAAAUCGGUUUAAUUACUACUCCUUUGAGGCAGUUGUCCAGUUUUGUGUGCUGUGUGAAAAUGGCUUUGAAUAAGCUAAGCAUUGAAAAUGUUGACCUGAAGGGCAAACGUGUGUUUAUGCGCGUUGAUUUUAACGUCCCUAUCAAGGAGGGUAAAAUUACCAGCAACCAGCGCAUUGUGGCCGCCUUGGAUAGCAUCAAGUUUGCGCUCGAGAAGGGUGCCAAAUCGGUGGUGCUGGCCUCUCAUCUUGGCCGCCCGGAUGGAAACAAAAAUGUCAAGUAUACGCUGGCACCGGUCGCGGACGAGCUGAAGAAGCUGCUCGGUCGUGACGUAACGUUCCUGAACGAUUGCGUCGGUGCCGAGGUGGAGGCUGCGUGCAAGGAUCCGGCUGCCGGCUCGGUGAUCCUGCUGGAAAACGUCCGCUUCUACGUGGAGGAGGAGGGCAAGGGUGUCGAUGCCAGUGGUAACAAGGUUAAGGCUGACAAAGAUAAGGUCAAAACAUUCCGCGAGAGCCUGGCCAAGCUCGGUGACGUGUACGUGAACGAUGCCUUCGGUACGGCACACCGUGCCCACAGCUCGAUGAUGGGCGAGGGCUACAGCCAGCGGGCGGCCGGUUUGCUGCUGAACAAGGAGCUCCGCUACUUCUCGCAGGCCCUCGAUAAUCCACCCCGGCCGUUCCUGGCCAUUCUCGGCGGUGCGAAGGUGGCCGAUAAGAUACAGCUUAUCGAAAACCUGCUGGACAAGGUGAACGAAAUGAUCAUCGGCGGCGGAAUGGCGUUCACCUUCCUGAAGGUGCUGAACAACAUGGAAAUUGGCGCAUCCCUAUUUGAUGCCGAGGGUGCCAAGAUCGUGCAGAAUCUCGUGGAUAAGGCGAAGAAGAACAACGUGCAGCUGCAUCUACCGGUCGACUUUGUGACGGGUGAUAAGUUCGCGGAAGAUGCCGCGACCGGAGAAGCAACGGUGGCGGGAGGCAUCCCCGCCGGUCACCUCGGUCUCGAUAUCGGCCCGAAGACACGUGAAGCGUUCGCGGCUCCGAUCGCACGCUCGAAAAUUAUCGUCUGGAACGGACCGCCCGGUGUGUUCGAGUUCCCGAACUUUGCCAACGGCACCAAGUCGCUCAUGGAUGGCGUGGUGGCGGCCACGAAGGCUGGUACCGUGUCGAUCAUCGGGGGUGGGGAUACGGCGUCAUGCUGCGCCAAGUGGGGCACCGAGUCGCAGGUUUCGCACGUCUCGACCGGAGGUGGUGCUUCGUUGGAACUGCUCGAGGGCAAGGUGCUGCCGGGCGUUGAUGCCCUGAGCAGCGCGUAAAUUCGUUCGUGCCCCAGCUGCAAGAUAAGUGUUAAAGUCACUCAAUAUCCUUAAAAUGUUAUAAUAUAGCAACGUGUACGUUGAAGAGUCAUUAAAUUAUCAACUAAUCAUCAUA